AGAGCUGGGGGCUAGAAACCGCAGGGGCUUAAAGACAGCCCGGGAGUGCGGUCGCUCAGCUGGAGGAAGGAGACAGCUCCAAGCCCCCAGGGAGAGGCCCUACAGAGAUGGAGAAGAAGGAAGGGAAGCCCUCUGAGGACGGGACCCCUGUGUCCCCAGCCACGGAGGUCCCGGAGACAGUGGGAGGCGGAGCCUCUGCUGAGGAGGAGGCCACAGGCCCAGCUGAGAGGACCAUCACAGAGGGGCCUCCAGAUGGGGCAGGAAAGCAGGAGAGGGCACCAGCUGAGGGCAGCAUUUCAGCGGAAUUCCAGGGGGAAUCCAAAGGGGAGGCUGAACUUCAGAAGGAGGACAGGGGGAAGCAAGAGACCACCGUGGCUCCUCAGGAGAUGGCUGAGAGGAAGGAAGAGACCAACUCUGAACCCAAGGAGGCUGAGGGAAAAGAGGAGACCACGUUGGCCUCUGAGAACCAGAAGGCUGAUGAGAAAGAGGCCAAGCCUGGAUCUAGGGAGAAAGCCAAAGUGAGUGAUGAGGCACAGGCUGCUGGGGAGCAGGAAGACAAGGCUGGAGGCAGGGAGGCUGCUGGGAAGGAGGAGGCCAAGGCUGGAGGCAGGGAGGCCAAAGGGAAGGAGGAGGCCAUGGCUGGAGGCAGGGAGGCUGCUGGGAAGGAGGAGGCCAUGGCUGGAGGCAGGGAGGCUGCUGGGAAGGAGGAGGCCAAGGCUGGAGGCAAGGAGGCUGCUGGGAAGGAGGAGGCCAAGGCUGGAGGCAGGGAGGCUGAUGGGAAGGAGGAGGCCAUGGCUGGAGGCAGGGAGGCUGCUGGGAAGGAGGAGGCCAAGGCUGGAGGCAGGGAGGCUGAUGGGAAGGAGGAGGCCAUGGCUGGAGGCAGGGAGACCGAAGGGAAGGAGGAGGCCAUGGCUGGAGGCAGGGAGGCUGCUGGGAAGGAGGAGGCCAAGGCUGGAGGCAGGGAGGCUGCUGGGAAGGAGGAGGCCAAGGCUGGAGGCAGGGAGGCUGCUGGGAAGGAGGAGGCCAAGGCUGGAGGCAGGGAGGCUGCUGGGAAGGAGGAGGCCAAGGCUGGAGGCAGGGAGGCUGCUGGGAAGGAGGAGGCCAAGGCUGGAGGCAGGGAGGCUGCUGGGAAGGAGGAGGCCAAGGCUGGAGGCAGGGAGGCUGCUGGGAAGGAGGAGGCCAUGGCUGUAGGCAGGGAGGCUGCUGGGAAGGAGGAGGCCAAGGCUGGAGCCAGUGAGGCUGCUGGGAAGGAGGAGGCCACAGUGGCCCCUCAGAAGGAGAGUGACAAGACGGAGGAGCCCAAGGCUGAAGCCCAGGAGAAAGCCAGUGCUCCAGAGACCAAGUCAGACUCUCAGAAGAAGACUGCCGUGGAAGAUGAGGCCAAGCCUGAACCACAGGAGGAGGUGGUGAAGGAGGAGGUUAAGGAGGAGGUGGAGCCAGGCUGGCCUGACGAAGAGCAGGACCAGGGUGUGGAGGAAGAGUCAGAGGAAGGGGCAGGAGUGCUCCCCAGCUCCGCCGAGGAAUGGCCCGAGAGCCCCACGGAGGAGGGCAGCGGCCUCAGCCCCGACGGGCUGGGUCCAGACACCGCAGCUUCCGGAGAGACCAGUCCUUCAGCCAGUGACUCUUCACCCAGCGAUGUGUCCCCGAGUCCCACGGAGCCCCCUCCCUCCCAGGAGAAGAAGAAAGAGAAAGCACCAGAGCGCAGGGUGUCAGCCCCUGCCCGGCCCCGGGGGCCCCGUGCCCAGAACCGCAAAGCCAUCGUAGACAAGUUUGGGGGCGCAGCCUCGGGCCCCACGGCCCUGUUCCGGAACACCAAGGCCGCGGGGGCAGCCGUCGGCGGCGUUAAGAACAUGCUUCUGGAGUGGUGCCGGGCCAUGACGAGGAGCUACGAGCACGUGGACAUCCAGAACUUCUCCUCAAGCUGGAGCAGUGGCAUGGCCUUCUGCGCCCUCAUCCACAAGUUCUUCCCCGAUGCCUUUGACUAUGCUGCGCUGGACCCCGCCAAGCGCCGGCACAACUUCUCCCUGGCCUUCUCCACAGCCGAGGAACUGGCCGACUGUGCCCAGCUGCUGGAGGUGGAUGACAUGGUGCGGCUGGCAGUGCCCGACUCCAAGUGCGUCUACACCUACAUCCAGGAGCUGUACCGCAGCCUCGUGCAGAAGGGACUGGUGAAGACCAAGAAGAAAUGAGGGAAGAAAUGAGGGGCUGACCAACCCUGUGGGCAGAGGCGGGCAGGGGGCCCAGCUGACCAGCCGUGGCCCAGAGGCUCACUUCUGCUCACGGUGGCAGCAGUGCCGGGGCUCAGACAAGGGCAGACGGCACCAGUCUUAACUACAUGAAAAGCUCUUUUGUAAAAUCCGGUCUAGCCCCUUAGUGCUCCCUCCCUACCCCACCAGCAACAUCUCUCACUCGGAUAAUAAACCCCGGCCGCCAGGGUUCCUCA